GACAUAAAAGGUCGCUCCAGUUCAAGCGGCGUCAAUUCAACUCGUAGACAUUGAAACUCAAACUAUUAUCUCUGCCAUUAAAAAGUUGACGCCGGCAACACAGCGCCGCCGCGUCAGUGGCCGGACGCGGCCAGUCGAGCGGGCGCACGCGGCGAGCAAUGUCGUGCGCGAGUGAUGCGCGGCCGUCCCGCGCCUCGUGAGCGCUGCCGGCAUGUGAUGUUCCGGAGACGCGCGCUGCGGCGGCGGCUAGCAGCCGCCGGCGCAAACCACAUCCCCGACGACACUCUCAGGAGACUCUCCCGCGCGCUGGACACCCCACCCGCCUCAGAAUGUGUGCCAGCGGACCCCAAUCUCAAACUCGUUGUGACCAGACUGUUCAGAUUCCCCGACUUGAGGGACCUCAACGAGCUGAGGCGCCUCCCGGUGUGCCGGGAACAGAACUGCUGCAAUCCUCACCAUUGGAGCAGACUGUCGGAACCCGAAAUCCCUCCCCCGCCAUACACGCCGUACGCGAUGGAUGACGUUAAAACUAAGGACCACGGAGAGAGCACAGCAGACGCGAGGAGGACGGACCAUGAGCGGCUAACUGCGGGCUCUCUCGCCACUGACGGUGAAGAGAAAGGCACAUGGGAAACGGAAUGGUGCCGGCUAGCCUAUUGGGAGCUGGCUCGACGCGUAGGCCGGCAAUUCGGCGUGCGCGUGCGCUGCGUCGACGUGUUCGGCGGCGCCGGCGCCGGUCGCGCCGGGCUUUGUCUCGACGCGUUGGAGGACGCCACAAAAGCUGAUCAGGUGAAGAAGAUCCGAUCCAAAAUUGGUCUGGGCGUGACUCUCUCCCUAGAGUCAGACGGCGUGUGGCUGUACAACAGAAGCCAGCAGCCUGUGUUCUGCAGCUCCCCCGCGCUGGACGCGGCCGCCGCCCGGGCCCUGCUGGUGUGGCGCGUGCCGCCCGGCCACUGUCUCCGGGUAUUCGACCCCGCGGCGCCGCCGCCCGCGGUCUCCCUCCCGCACGUGGGCCCCGUAGAUCCCCGCUCCGUCCGGAUCUCCUUCGCCAAAGGCUGGGGCCCAAAGUACUCGCGCCGUGACGUCACCGCCUGCCCCUGCUGGCUCGAAGUACUCCUAGCCCCCCCCAGCUGACCCUAGUGCAUAUAAAACUUUAUACGGUAUUGUGUUUUUAUAAACGUUUUUACGGACGCGGUGUUUAUGAACUUAACCAAUUAUUUAUGUGAUGUUAAAAUUUAAAUAGGUUUUAUGUGGAGAGGCCUUAUAACCAGUGAUUUUAAUGAAUUUAUUGUGUGAAUGUAUUCUCACGGGAGACGCGGGACGUUAGGAGAGCCACCAUUCUCAUUACCGCAUUACUUCAUGUCAUUACCAUGUCACAUCCAGUCAUUACCAUGUCACGCCAUUUUUCGUGAAGUAACUCGCUGAAAUUGGAGAAGCCAAUUUUUUGUGGAGUGCGAACUAUUGCCCCUAUCCGUAACUGCGUUUUCUGUGAGCAUUGCUCUGUAUCACAUGUUUACAUCUACAGAUAUGUCAGUUACAUUGUUAUGUUUAUGUACUUUUUUUUUCCUGUUUUUAAGGAGUAAUUUUUAAAUGAUCACAUAUUCGUCACGACGCGAGGUAUUUUUGUAGCUGAUAUAUUUGUAGUGGCAAGUCCUGUGAUACAUAGCACUUUUGAAAGUCAUGAUAUUUAUGAGGCCUUACUGUCAACGCUGUAUGCACCAUGUAUAGUCACCUAUAUACAAUUGUAAAAAUUGUAUUAUGUAUAGCACUCGACUUAAGACAACGCGAGACUGUAAAUAAUAAAUUAAUACUUACAAUUAUGUACUAUAAAUAUGUAAUUAAACUAUUUAUAUUUUAAAAUAUGCCUUACCUUAGAUUGUACAAUUAUUUAAGAGUUAGUGUAUAGAGUUCUUUUUGUACAGUAAUUGACACUGAUGUAUUGCGAAAUAGUUUGUUUAAUGUGAAGGCUGUGUAAGCAUUUUUAAGCGGCCUUGUGCCGAGCUACACCGGGAACCAUGGCGAUGUCACUAAACAGUGCUGACAUUCCUGUCAACCGACCGACGUGACACUACUCUUAAACUACGAAGAUCUGCCAAUUUUAUAAUAAAAUGAUUUAAAAAUAGAUAGGUAAUGUCUACAGAAUAAACAUUGUGCCUUGCGUUGUAUUCAAGUACCUAUAAUAAAUCCAAAAUUUACGUAGGAUACUACUGUCAAUUUCACUGGCCUAUAAAGUUAAGUCUUUACAUAGUUAUACAAAUGUUUGAAUGGAAAAGCUCGAAUUUAAGGGUAAAUUAUAUACAUAACACGCUUUAGGACCGAGUGAGUCGAUGACAAUAAAGUUUAUCUAGUCUUUAAAGGUCUUGCUUCGUUAUCCGCGGCUGCCGUCUCGGCCAGGGUGACUCGCUUUCAAUGUCACUACCGUUACCGCUUGCGGUCACUACCGAUUUCACGAUUUACUAUUUCUGUGUUUAAUUUUUUGGCAUGUACAUGUGCAAACCAGAUGAAACCGAUAUCUAUUUUUUUCUUUAUGCAGGAGCAUACCUGCUUGCAUUUUGGCCGAUUCGGUAGGGCGUAGUUUUUUUACGUAGAUACAAAAUCACAAGUAGCCGGUCGGUUAAAUCCUUUGGUAUAAUUUAAACGUUUUUUUAACACUUACUUUUCUGGAUUCUUGUUUGAAAUUUUCAUUUUUUGACUAACGAUUUGUACACUUCUUUCUACUGCUGAUUAACAGAUUAAGAAAUGACUUGAACUGUGCCGCUAAUAACUAUCUUUGUUGCGAAUUCUGUGUAGGUAACAUUACUAAGGCACUGCUCAAUGUAUUCAUUGUUUCAUUCCGGCCUAGCCAAGACUCCAAUCGGUGGCAAGGAAACGGUUAUGUCUCUCUGUCGCAUUUAUAUGGAAAUGUGAUAUAGACAUUACCGUUUCGUUUACUACGAUCCAACGAUUGGCAUCUUAGCUAGGCCCUCUGAACCAAUAAGCUAUCGCGGCUACAUACACGUAUAGCUCCAUUUAUUAGUGACCAAUAGAAAAUCUUAAAACAAUAAUGACCACUGACCAAUACUAUAUUUAAAUCAAAUUUUCGUCACACGAACUGUCCAAGUUUAAUUUUACAUAAAAAAACUGUUUUUAAAACCGUUUAAUAGGUCUAUAAAAUGCAAUAGUUUUGUUAAAAUAUUAUUUAUAAUGGUAAUAAGAUGCCAGUAAUAGGUAAAUUUAACUGAUAAUAGCCAUUAAAAUUUCAGUCGCUAUAGAAAAUUGUGGUCAGUAUAGGGAAGACCGGAUAAAUAAUUUAUUGCUGGGAAGACCGUCAUAGGGCAUCGUAUUUGUAUGCGUACGUCGCUGACACAGUCCGAAAAUAAGAGAUUCACUUCUACUCUACCGACCAGACAUCGGAGACUAAGUGGAAUAUAAGUACAAAUGAAGGGUACACGGAAAGAACAUGUCUAGUCACUUUGACAACAUUUUGAGUUAUCGCGGUUUGAAAGGAACGAUGUAGGUAAUUAACCAUAUUAUAUUCGUGUAUAGGUGUUUUUAAAGUGAGACAAAAAGGAGUUAUAUUUAUAAUUGCAGCGGUAACAGAAGUUGUAACUAAUAGUUCAUUAAGGGCUCUACAUUUUGAGAUUAAAAUCUCAUUUUCCAAACUCAGUUCUCAUGUUCUUUCCGUGUACCCUUCAAAUGCAAUGGUUAAAAGCGACGAAAGAGCUAGACGGUCUUGUCCAUAUUGACCUUGUUAAAAUUGUGCUUCGCCUCUUGUUUACGCGGUCACAAAAUGUUUUGUAGCAUAAUGAUGAAUUCAAAGCAUUAGGUAGGACCGAAUGUUUUUAAAAAAAUAAAUAUGUGCUGUUUAGUCAUUGCAUUAGACUGAUGUACGCCUUAACAAAUACACGUAUUUUUAAUCAAUGUAUAGAAUCCGUGAAUGAGCAGAGAUCGGAUUUUGGGGGGCAAAAUUAAAUGACAGUCUGGCGGUAAUUUGAAAGGUGAUAAACUACAUUAUCACUGACUCAAUAAUAAUACCAAAAAUAACACUUCCAAAGCUGGGACGGAUCACUAGUUCGGUCAAGGAGUCUAAUUUCAGUAUCAUUUCGUACCUUGUCAAAGUGGCGAUAGUAUGAGGUCACUAGCGAGUUUCACAAUGAUAGUCACUGUGACAAGGUACUGAUACUGAAAUUAAAUCCUUUGACUGAAAUUGUAAAAGUAUCGAUAAUAUAAGUUAUUAUAACUGUCAUUGAAUUUCGCCCCCUAAAAUCCAAUUUUUGAAGAUGUCUGCAUCGAUUUGGGAAGCGACAAGAGUGUGGCAGUGCUUUUAUAAAAUGUCUUAAUUCUAUGAAAAUAUGACGCUUAUAGUGGCGUUGUUACACUUUGUCGAUGUCAGAUAGUUGCACACUUAGCUUAUACGGAUUGGGAAUCCACGCACAAAGUGCACUCUACACAACUUACAUACAUUACUUAAAAAUAUGUUGAUAAUAAAAAAUAAUAUAAAUUCUAAAUAAUGUAGAUAGGUAGUAAUUGUUAUCCCUGAUUAAGACCUAAGUUGUGAGCGCCUGAGAUCAAAAUGGAAUAAAAUAAAAGAACAGAUUAUUUUUAAA